UCUUCUUCCCAAUACCUUCAAUUUCCCACCUCCCAACACUUUCUAUUUCUGCUUCUUCAGCUCCUUCUCCAUACCUUUUACACACUCUACUCUUAUUAGCUACUUCCAUUACCACUGCUCUGAUACGUAGAACAGGACUCUCCAUCCCUCUGUCCAAAACAACAAAAACAAAAAGACACACAUGGAAUUCGAUCACUUGAACUACUCAUCGUCGUCACCUUCCACAGACGCCGACGACCACCAAUCAAUGCUCAUUAUGAUUAACAAACAACAACAGAUCCACGACUACUUCUACUCCGAAUUCCCCAUCUUACCCUCCGACAACUUCCCCGCCGGUGCAACUCCCACCACCACCGCCGCCUACCCACAUUUCCUCCACCACCAUCACAGCAACGACCCCAACCACCCUUCCACCACCUUAUCCUUUUCCACCGACGACCAGCAAGCAGUCUCAUGGCGAGACCUCAUGACGACUGAAUCCGCCGCCGGCCUUGCCAACGGGAUGCCGGCGGCGCAUAAGAAGGCGUCGAUGGCGGCGAUGAGGGAGAUGAUAUUCCGCAUCGCCGCCAUGCAGCCGGUCCACAUCGACCCGGAGACCGUCAAGCCGCCGAAGCGGAGGAACGUGCGGAUAUCGAAGGACCCGCAGAGCGUGGCGGCGCGUCAGCGGCGGGAGAGGAUCAGCGAGAGGAUAAGGAUACUGCAGAGGCUGGUCCCCGGCGGGACGAAGAUGGACACGGCGUCGAUGCUGGACGAGGCCAUCCAUUACGUCAAGUUCCUGAAGAAUCAAGUGCAGUCGCUCGAGAGAGCUCGGCCGGCUGCGGCGGCGGCAGAAGGGGAGGGGACGGCGGCGGGUGGUGGUGAUGGUGGGAUUGGGUUUCCGGUGGCCAUGGCUAGUGGCAGCUAUGUCGGUGUCAUGGGAAAAGGGUAUCAUCAGACGCAGCAAGAUAUUGAACACUAUGGAGAUGCUUAAUUGAUAGAUUGUUGUGGCUGUUGUUGUGGUGUGAUUUGAGUGGGAUUAAGUUAAGUACGUACAUUAGUCUUUGAUUAUGGUUUGUCCGUCGUGGUAAUAAUGAUUAACCUUUCUU